AUGGCAGAUGAUCGUUGCUCAAUCAAAAACGAUAUCAGUGAAUUGAUAGGUAACACACCAAUGGUGUAUCUGAACAAAGUUGUCGACGGUUGUGUAGCUCGUAUAGCCGCGAAGCUUGAGAUGAUGGGGCCAUGCUCUAGCGUCAAAGACAGAGUCGCUUAUAGUAUGAUCAAAGAUGCAGAAGACAAAGGAUUGAUUACUCCCGGAGAGAGUACGCUGAUAGAGCCAACGGGUGGCAACACCGGGAUCGGUUUAGCCAGCAUUGGAGCUGCAAGAGGCUACAAAGUGAUACUUACGAUGCCUUCAACGAUGAGCAUAGAGAGGAGAAUCAUUCUUAAGGCAUUAGGUGCAGAGCUUCAUCUCACAGAUGUGAGCAUAGGCCUUAUUAAAGGGUUGCUGGCGAAAACUGAAGAGAUAUUAAGCAAAACUCCUGGUGGUUUCGUUCCACAACAGUUUGAGAAUCCUGCAAACCCUGAGAUUCAUUACAGAACCACAGGUCCAGAGAUAUGGAGAGAUUCAGCUGGGGAAGUAGGUAUAUAUGUUGCUGGUGUUGGCACUGGUGGAACGGUUACUGGAGUAGGGAGGUUUCUUAAGGAGAUGAAUAAAGACAUUAAGGUUUAUGCGGUGGAACCUGAAGAAAGUCCGGUACUUAGCGGAGGAGAACCAGGUCCACAUAUGAUCCAGGGAAUUGGCGGUGGUGUCAUCCCAGACAAUUUGGACUUAAGCAUAGUUGAUGAAAUCGUUAAAGUGACAAGUGAGGAAGCUAUUGAAACAGCCAAGCUUCUUGCUCUCAAAGAAGGAUUGCUGGUUGGAAUAUCCUCUGGAGCCGCAGCAGGGGCUGCAAUUAAGGUUGCCAAGAGGCCAGAGAACGCAGGGAAACUCAUUGUGGUGAUUUUUCCUAGUGGAGGAGAACGCUAUUUAUCGACUGAGUUAUUCGAGUCUGCCAGAUAUGAAGCAGAGAAUUUGCCUAUUGAAUGA